AUGAAUGUUAACGUGGAAAAUUGCAUCGAAGCAUUAUCGUCGCCAUCGAACGAUUCCACGUCUUGUCGUGGUACCGAACCCGGUCCAUCGUUGAGUAAUUUAUGCGGGGGAUCAUACGCAUUAGGACAGAUACCUCAAACGAUAAUGUCGGAAUUUAUAGCGGCAAGUAAUAAUAACGGGAGCACCGCCACGAACAACAACAGCGGCAACAGCAAUAAUAAGAAAACUCUUUCUUUUUCACCGGAUCAAAUCGAAUGCAUAUGCGAAGCAUUGCAACAAUCGAACGAUUACGAAAAGUUAAAUAAAUUUUUAGAAUCUCUUCCGACGACUGAUAGAUUGUGUAAUAACGAAAUAGUUUUAAAAGCUCGCGCGGUCGUUGCUUUUCACAAACAAUCAUUUCCGGAAAUGUACGCCAUAUUGCAAAGUCAUUCGUUUAACGUCCGACAUCACGUCGAAUUGCAAAAAAUGUGGUAUAAAGCUCAUUAUAAGGAACAGGAAAAAGCGCGGAAAAAAGAAUUAGGUGCGGUUGAUAAGUUUCGUUUAAGGAGAAAAUUCCCAUUGCCGAGAACAAUAUGGGACGGUGAGGAAACGUUGUACUGGUUCAAGGAAAAAGCGAGGAACACUCUCCUGGAAUCCUUUAAAAAAAACAGGUAUCCGUCGCAGGAAGACAAAAUUGAACUUUCCAAAAGGACGGGCCUGUCUAAAACUCAAGUUAGUAAUUGGUUUAAAAAUAAACGGCAAAGAGAUAGAGGAACUCAGGAUCGCAGAAGAGAGUAA